AUGCAGCUAAUCUCAAAUGGUCAUCACGGAUCAGGCCGAGUAAAAACAGUCCCUUUCUUCACCGCUCAUGCUGCAGCUAGACACGGUUACAUCGCCUCCGACCCAGCCCUAAAGCGAUUGUUUAAGGCUCCAAUGGCACGUACAACAUACUUAUACAUUACAUACAGGCCUUUUAUGUUAAGUCCUUCUAUCCAUCGCAUCGUGAAUUACGUCGCUCUUGAGGCUAUGCUCGUUCUCGAGCGGAUCAACGCCGUCGCGAGGUUUCAGAGAGCCCUCGGUCCCGAUCAUGAACACAUCGGAGAAUCGUCCGAAUUUGACAUGACUCCGGUUUCCCCCCCCCCACCUUGGGCAUCUCGAGAUGGGCUCACACGCUCAGAAAAUACUUUCACUUGUGCAUGA